GGGGCCUGGCGGGGGGUGGGAGCGGCGCGUGCGCGGAGCGGCGGGAAGAUGGUGCUGAUCAAGGAGUUCCGAGUGGUUUUACCUUGCUCAGUGCAAGAGUAUCAAGUUGGUCAACUUUAUUCUGUGGCAGAAGCUAGCAAAAACGAAACAGGAGGUGGGGAAGGAAUUCAGGUCUUAAAAAAUGAGCCUUAUGAACAGGAUGGCGAGAAGGGGCAAUAUACUCACAAAAUCUAUCAUUUAAAGAGUAAAGUCCCUGGGUUUGUAAGGAUGAUUGCUCCAGAAGGCUCCCUUGUGUUCCACGAGAAGGCCUGGAAUGCAUAUCCCUACUGUAGAACAAUUGUGACAAAUGAAUACAUGAAAGAUGACUUCUUCAUAAAAAUUGAGACCUGGCAUAAACCAGAUUUGGGAACAACAGAGAACGUUCACAAUUUAGAUCCAAACACAUGGAAGAGUGUUGAGGUUGUCCAUAUUGACAUUGCAGAUAGAACUCAAGUAGAACCAGGAGACUACAAAGCUGAGGAAGAUCCUGCAUUAUUCCAGUCAGUUAAGACAAAGAGAGGACCUCUGGGGCCAAACUGGAAGAAGGAGUUAGCAACUGAUGAGGAGUGUCCCAAAAUGUGUGCUUACAAAUUGGUGACCAUCAAAUUUAAGUGGUGGGGACUGCAGAACAAAGUGGAAAAUUUUAUACAAAAGCAAGAAAAAAGGAUAUUUACCAACUUCCACCGCCAGCUGUUCUGUUGGAUUGACAAGUGGAUUGAACUGACUAUGGAGGACAUCAGGAGGAUGGAGGAUGAAACCCAGAAGGAGCUGGAAGCGAUGCGUAAGAAGGGUUCCGUUCGAGGCACUUUGGCUGCGGACGUCUAGAGGAGUUCUCUGUAGGUUCUGAGGCAAAGCGAGCUGUCUGCGUAACCAAGGCCAAGUGAGAGGAACGAGUGCUGCCAAUGACGAGUGACGCCGGACGGACGCCGGUGCCGAUCUUGGCUGUGUGUGUGGGUGCAUGACUCUGUAUAUAACUACACACACACAUGCAGACAGAAAGGGUGGUUACAGUGUCUCCGGGUGCUAUACCUGUCCUAGCAAAGAUUCCAAGGAAACUGCUUUCAUUAUGUAUACCCCAAGCAAAUAAAAAAAAAAUCAACUGAGUAGUGUCAUUUAAAGGAUGAAUUUUGCUAACUGGUAUGUUCAUGAAUGUCAAUACUGGACCAAUUUCUGCCCUACUUGUUUUCUCUCCUGUCCAAGUCACUUUGCUCUAACUCGCCCAUCUCUCGUUGUAAAGAAACACUCAAGUUAAUUUCAGUUUUAUGUCUUCCCUAUGUGAUGAGUUUUUGGAAUAGGAACAAUGAAUGUAUUUAUAGCUAUUUAUUUCUGGAUUGUCAUUAUCCUCUAGUCAAAUCAGAAAAAAAAAUUCUAUUAGUGUAAAUUGGAAGACUUUUACUGUUAUGAAUAAGUUUAACCCAAACUACCCACUCACUGAUUUAAAAGAAAAAAAAUCAUGUUUUAUUGGACUUUUGUACAUUGAAAUGCUAACAGUUUUCUUCAUUAAAAUUGGCAAGACUAAGGAAAAAUGGCUUGUGAUUUAUAAAGUAAUUUGCAACUUGAAAUUGUUCAGAACCUGCUUUUUAGACAAGUACACUGACAGCACCUAUAGAGCAUUUUCCAGUGUUAUCUUAGGCUGGGCAGUGAGGACAGGGUCAGCCCUUCCCUCCAGGAGUACUCCUGACAGUGCAAUGGCUGUUUUCCAGAGCUUCCCUUCGGAAGCCAUGCAAGCAUUCUGGAUUUCACACACAGCAGUGGAAUACAUAAGUGUGAUUUUAGCUGUUCUCAUGUUGGAAAUACACUUUGGGAGAUGCAGACUUUCAGAUAGGAUGACAGUUUCGGUUGUAGCCCCUGACACGUUUCCCUGCUGUCUGUGAGGGGGUGGUGUGUGAGUGCCCCUGGGAUAACAGAUGCCUCCUGUAGGAAACUCCAUAGGGAAAAGGUCUUCAGCAUGUUUGAGGAGCCAUUCAGAGCAUAUAACAGGGGGACAUUAACGUAAUGCUUGUUAGAUCAAAGGAAAAGUAUUUUUAAAAGCACUAGUUAGAUAAAGAUCUAUUAAUGCCUGGUUUCUUCCCAGCACUUUUGGCAGGACAAGCCUUGCCUGACUUCCCAGGAAGGAUCUGAUUUCUGUGACCAUCAGUGACAGAACAUUCCUGCACUGGCACCUUGUCCUGGUGCUGUGCACACUGGCACUGCCACAACUGCCCAGUGCUGCAGCAGCCACCCUCCAGCCCCACAGUAAUGUGUUUGGUUUCCUUUCUGGGUUCGUUCAGUGGCUGGUUGUCCUGUACCAGCAGCAGGUUGGGUUGGUGAAUGCAGAGAUGUGGCACACACACACAGAGGUCAUUAAGUACCCCUGGAACCCAAGGGCUCAGGUCUCAGUGCUGGAGUUUGUGUCCUGCCAUUUUUAAUGUGUUGCAACACAGAGGGAAAAGGGCCCUGUGACUUCCAUGGAUUUGGACUAGUUGUGAAAAUUGAGAGAAUCUUGUAGUGAAUGUACAAUGUUUCCUUUCCUUUGGCAGUCUCUGGUGCAACUGACAAGUAAAGCAGGCAAUGAAAUUUAAUUAAAUAAAUUGAUCAUAAAAAGCUCUGUCUCUUAUCUCAGGCACUCACGUUUUGCUCCUGAGCUGUUUGGUGUCCAAUAGGCCACUCUCACCUGGGGCUGGGUUUGGUUUGGGAUUUCAGAAGGAGUGAAAUCAAGGAGGAUGCUGGACUGGCAGAGCUGUGACAGGGCAUGAGGAGGUGCCUCCCACAGGGCACCAGAGGUGCUGAGGGGCUCCUGGUGUCCCUCCCUGGGGUCCCAUUCCUGGGGCUGGCUGAGCUGCAGGCCCAGUGCUGGCUCUGGGGCAGGGUUCUGCCUGUUCAGGUUGUGCAAUCACCUGCUGCAAAGGAGGGCUUGUAGGGCUCCUUUGGUAAAUGCAGAAUUGAAUUCUCUCUUUACUACCAGCUUGUUUAGCUUCCAGAUGGUGAACCAACAGGAAGCAGUGGAAGUGUAACAUAGUUUUGAUGUAAUGGAUAUGUAAACGUGAUAGUUAUUCACUGCAAUAGACUGCUGGGAACCAUAUUCCAACAGUAACCUUUGAAAUCCAUCACUUGACUGUACACAAGUGUGAUCUAAAGGGGACUUGUAAGGAAUUUGCUCUUUUUCUGGAGGAUUUUUAAUCACUGAAGAGAAAGGAGAAUGAUUUCUGUCUUUUACCUUUACAUGUAGACUGAGGAAUGUCAGGGGAAAAAAAUCUGCUGAGAUUUUGGGUCUUUUGGGAUUUUCCACCCUCAGUCCUUUCUAAAUACUCUCUGAGCAAUCUGAAAAUGUGCUGUAAGACAACUUAUCCUGUAUUUCCAAGCUGCAGUUGAUGCAGCCAUGUUUAGCAGCUACAUCAUGUCCUUGAAAAGCAGUUCUAUGAUUUUAUGGCAAAAUCUGAAGCACGGGGUUGUUGCUGUGGUUUUUAUUCAGUUCAUACAAUUCAAGAGUGUUCUACGUUGAAUUGUGUCUUAAUAAAGUCAUUGGGAAACGA